AUGAUGUAUUAUCAAGUCCUCAUUUCAGGCCUCAUACUCCUCCUCCCAGCCGCUGUGGGUUCUUUCCCAGAAGUGCAUGCGGUGGUAGGUCACCCUGUCACACUGCCAUGUUCUUAUCCUGUGUCUAAUGGAAUCUCCUCCAUGAGCUGGGGCCGAGGGGCAUGCGCGUCUGAUACAAGUGGACAAACAUUUAUCUGGACUGAUGGCUACAAAAUCUAUUAUCGGACAAACAAUCACUACCAGCUAAAGGGUCAGCUUCUUCAAGGAAAUGCGUCCUUGACAAUAGAGAGUGUCGCUGAGAGUGACAGUGGUCUCUACUGCUGUCUAGUGGAAAUGAAGGGAUCAGAUAGUGUACGGAGACUGACCUUCUCACUGCAAGUUCAGCCAGCUUGGACUGACACUGCGACAUCCUCACACCACCCUUGGAGUGAUCACACUGCGGUGGCUCCUACAAAACACGCCCUGAAGAUCCUCACUAAGGGCUUCUACAUCGGAAUCUCCGUGUUUGCUGCACUGCUGAUCCUUGCAAUCAUCCCGACUAUCAUGUACUGCAGACACCUGAGAAAGAAGAAGAGGCCAGAGAACAACUCUCUCUGCAGCUCAGUUGUCUUCCAAGUUCAUCAGAAUGAAGCUUAUGAAAGUACAGUGUGCCCUCAAGCCAAAGAUAUAGUCUAUGUUACUGAAGACAGUUUUCAUUCAAGGAUUAAAUCCCGGUCUGAGAUGAAGUCAUUUCAAAGCUGCGGAAGAAAGUAA